AUAAGUAUGGAGGAAAUACCAGUAGUUGAUGGAAUUCGAGCAACUUCAUUGAGGAUCAGUGAUUGUCCAUCUCCAACACCAUCUACUACUACUACUACUGCGACCCGUCAAAAACAUUUAAAAUGUUUUAUAAGCGUAUAUUUCGUGCAAAAGUUGAUUGCAGAGCUUGUGGGAACGUACAUGUUGAUAUUUGCUGGUUGUGCUUCUAUAGUUUUGAAUGUAAACAAGGACAACGUCGUAACACUACCCGGAAUCGCAUCUGUUUGGGGACUUGUUGUCAUGGUUUUAAUUUACUCUGUUGGUCACGUCUCCGGUGCACAUUUCAACCCUGCUGUAACAAUUGCAUUUGCCACUUGCAAAAGAUUUCCAUGGAACCAGGUUCCAGCUUAUAUUUUGGUUCAAGUAAUAGGAUCCACUCUUGCUAGUGGAUCCCUCCGACUAAUAUUUACUGGCAAAGAGGACCAGUUUGUAGGGACAGUUCCAGCAGGAACAAAUUUGCAAGCUUUGAUACUUGAGUUUAUAGCCACAUUCUACCUCAUGUUCGUCAUCGUUGGUGUUGCUACUGACGAUCGCGCUAUGAAACAUUUAUCUGGGGUUGCAAUUGGAGCCACCGUUUCACUUGAUAUAUUGUUCUCUGGGCCACUAACAGGGGCAUCAAUGAACCCAGCAAGGAGUUUGGGACCAGCAAUUGUUACAGGUCACUACAAAGGGUUAUGGAUUUACAUUAUUGGGCCAACUUUGGGGGCCAUAUUUGGAGCUUGGACUUACAAUCUCUUGAGACUCACAAAUAAGUCAUGGGGUGAAGCCGCCAAAGAAAUUUCAGGUUCACAAAAAGUUAUAGAAGUGUCAUCCAAAGAUAAGGUUAUAUGCAAUUGUGGUGAAGGGUGGUCAUGCAUUGUCUCCAAGACUGAAGAAGCAGAAGUUGGCAACAUCUUCUUUGAAUGUGCUGAAGGUUGCCUUUGUAUUGUUGAUGAAACUAACACUCUGAAUAAGCAUGUAUAUGUAUAUGAAAAGACAAAAAGAAGAAAGAGUUACAAAAUGUAUAUUUAACUAAGGGCAUCAAAUCAUCAAUGUAC